GUAGUAUUUUGCAGGAGCAUCUGCCCCUUCUUUGAUCUUAAGACCGCCUCUUCCCUGCAGGAAGGAAGAAGGUGCAGGCGCCGGUUUGAGUUGGGUGUCUUGCAGCCAAAUUUGUGUUCAUCACCAGUGCCGAUUUCCACAGAUAAUGGAGGACUCCAUGCCUGAAGACACGGGAUUAUGGUAUUCACAAAAAAUAUAUGCAAGGUACUGGAAGCAUUACAACCAAGCUAUGCAGUGGAUGCACAGGCACAAAAUUGCUUACAGAAAAGCAAUGGAGUCCGUCUUCCCUUCUGAUCAUUCUAGUAGACGUUACUCUGACUGGGAUGGAGGUAGCGACUUGAGAGAUGGAUCAUAUUCUUCCAGCAGCCAAAGUAGCAGGCACUGGCACCCACCCAGACCUCAGCUUACAUCUCAUGACAAAAAACCAGCAGUGGACAAAGAUUCCAAAACAGACAGUGAGUCUGAAGAUGAAGAGGCUAUAGAGUGUGAUGUGAGUAACAUGGAAAUUACUGAAGAACUCCGCCAGUAUUUUGAACAGACUGAGAGGCACAAGGAAGAGCUGCGAAAGCAGCAGCAGCUUGAGGAAGAACAGCAGAACACAUAUGUCAAAGCGGACCAUGACCUUCACCCAUCAAUUGGCCGAUCAGUACAGCCUCCCACUGAAAAGCCUGGCGAGAGGAGGCUGGCUGAAAUGAAAAAACUCUACGGAGUAGGUGCCAGCAAAAUUCAAGCUAUGGAGACCACCAUGCAACUCAGCUUUGAUAGGAACUGUGAUAAAAAGCAGCCCAAGUACUGGCCAAUUAUUCCACUGAAAUUCUGAGCUGUGUGUCUUGAUCCCUUUUAGGAGACUCGGCUGCAUACCUUGAUGCUCAACCAAGCAGAAGGAUUAACAGAAUGGAUCCACAGUCAACAAAAAGAGCCUUUUUUAUUUUCCUUUCCUCUUUCCAAUUCUACUUUGACAGCCAGCUUCCAGGAUCCUUUCCAGCUCAACAGGAAGAGCUGAAUUGCUCAAUUGUACUGUAGGGAAUACAGAAAAUUUACUUUUUCUCAAAAAUGUAUAUUUCAACUAAUUGUAAUGUUGACUUGCCUUGGCCUUACAAGAAAUGGAAUCACAUUUGUUCUCACUUGGUUGUGCUAGAAAAAAAGGUUUAGUGUACACAAACUGUUGUUAAUUGUUCGAAAUUAAGUUGGAGUUUUUCAUGCUUAUACUACUGCUGCUAUUAACAUAACUUUUUUUAAAAAUUGCCUCAUGAGCCAUAUUUACUGAUUCUCUUGAGACAGUUUGAAGUAGUUGGCAAAGCUAUGGUGUAUUCAAUAAUUGUUGUAGAGCUAUUUUGCGUUAUUCCUCAUUUCUUUUAAUAGUACAGGAAAUUUUUCUUGAGGCUGAAUUAUGGCCUGUAAGGUUUCAGCUUAAACACACAUUUUUUUCCACUUUGGCUUGUUCAUCUUUGCCAUGUAACUAGUUAAUAAACAUUUAUUAGGUCAA